ACCUUCGACACCACUAGUCGCCUACAGAAAAAAACAACUGUCACCGCGCGACGGAAAAGCGCGCGAAAACAUGCAAACUCUUCACGCGUAAAAAGUUUUUCGUGCCGCCAAUUUUCGCAACCACAGACCAAACAGUGACAUGUUCAGCAAUUUAAUGCGUAUUACAAGUAAUUUAUAGUGCUGGUGUGAUUCAAUUCAAAAGUGGUUCAAACGAUUUCAAAUGAACGGCAGUUUUGACCUCAAAUUUUAUGUAUGAUUUAUUCAAGUCCUUGGACAAACAUAUUUUUGCUCAUGGCAAUUAGAAUGGUGCUGUGUGGUGCAGUGGCGGGCGCGGGCGAACUGGUCGGGAACGUAAGCCGCGUGCGCCGCUCGCCGCAGCCCUACCAUCACCGCGUGAUGACGGACGAGGAGCUGGACGCGACGGCGGCGUGGAAACGCUCGCACUGGCGCGAGAUGCAGAGCGUCCUCAGGACUGAGGGCGCCAAGAAGGACGUCGUGGAGUGCUGCCCCUCCAUCGGCGAGAUGGUCGCCAAGAAGGGCGGCAGGACCUUCAGCGGCCUCUACGUAGAACUCUACGAGGACGGCGAGAACAAGCAGAGGCUCUACGAGCUCUCUUGCGCUCCCGAAGUCGUCGACAAGCCCUGUCGCUUCGUCGACGCUCGGCUGUACAACCAGUCGAGGUGCGUUCAAAUAUACUCUUACUCGUACGCGUUAGUGCGGUACACGGCUGCCACCGAAAUGCCCCACCAAAAGACUAAAGGACACAUAUCAGUGCCAGGCUCCGGCGGGUGGUCGAUGGACUACGUGAAAGUGCGCGCAGGGUGCGAGUGCCAAAUUACCUCGAAGAGGAACCGAGCCCACAAGAAGAGGGAGCGGCAUCGGCAAAGGAGGAAAAAUAGGAAGCUAGAAGAAGAGGAAGAGACCUGACCACAGGCUCUAGUGCUAGUGAAAUCCAGUGGGACAUUGAACAAAUUUACGUGGAGUCUUCCCGAUUUAGUAUUACCAGACCGAUAGUUCCAGCGUCUGGUUUUUUAUACAUAGCAACAUCUUUUUCUUUAGUUACUACGCUGUUAACUUCUAUACUAUGUGCAACAUUAUCAGAUGCUAGAUCGAUCAGGUCGCUACGCAUGUUACCGAUGUCAAGCGUGGACUUGUAGGUACUAUCGGUUGAUGUAUUUUACUGUAUUUAUUUUCAAAAAUUGUCUAUUUAAUUACGCUUCUUGUUUAGUCUUGCGUAGUCGUACUCUUACGGAACUCCGAUACUUUACAGUGCCUCGUGAAACUUAGUGCCUUGGUAUUAUUAAUGUGAAUUCAAGUAUUUUAAAUACGUAAAGUAUGGUUAAUUAUUUAAUAUUUAUUUAAGUGUAUCCAGAUUGUAAUUGUAUAAAAUUGUAAACUGUUACUAGCAUCUGUAUAAGCUCAGUUUAUUAGGAUAAACUUGAUCUAAUUCAUAAUUCAUCACAAUUAAAACAUACCUAUUACCAAGUCAAGAAAUAUUGUUACAAACAUUGUAUUGCAGUAACUGCAAUAGGUACACUGUAGUAAACUGCAGUUUAUCCAUUUGUUUCUAGUGCCAGCUCCAUUAUCACUACAAAUGUUUAUUAGAUCUUGUUUUCAUACUACAACUUUCGUAACACAGUCCAGCAACAUACAGAAUGCUUAUUAAAACAAGCCUAAAAUACGUAUUUAUAAAUAGUUACCCAAAGUGAUCGAGGCGCAAAGCUACCAUCGACUUCACAGCGUUUCUCACUUCACCACGAUGUUUGUGUUAAGCUAGUUACAGACAGUGCUGUGUGUAAGAUUUUGUAUGAGAGAACUUACCACUUCACUUGCUGUUAAAAUAAUCUUAAAAUUUUGUGGUUAUCAUACUUGCCGCUCUAUGAUAAUAAUUGUUGUAUUAAAAAAAAUAGAAUGAACUCUAUAAUUUUAUGAAAUAUUUGACAAAAAAUUGUGAAGUCAGAAUAAAUUAUUUUCAUUGACACACGCUCUCUUCGUCACAAUAAAAUUAAGUAUAUUUAUUCAAAGUUUACGAAUUAUAAUUUUUUGUUAUUAUUUUAACAGUACUUACUUCGUAGGCAUAAGUGCAUCGAGUCAAAGAUCUGUAUUAUUUUUUAUUUUGUAAUACUUUUAUUGUAUUUAAAAUUUAAUUAUUUUAAGAAUUAAUACAUAUUUAUUUAUACUGUUUAAUACGAGGUAUUCCGAUAUUCAGUAUGAAUAUUAGUUGUAUGUAGGUAGAAAUCGCUUCCAUAAAAUGUAUUGAUGUAUAUAAAUAUCGCAAUAGUAUUGUGGACUGAGAUUAUUUUGUGCAUUUAGAUGUGUAAUAAAUAACAAAACGAAAAUAUUUUUAUAUGAUAUUAAUAGGACUAAACAUUUGCGCCAUCUGUUGACGAGUAGCUAAAGUUCAUAUAACGCCAUUUGUUGACGAAUAGCUAAAGGGUUUUUGUUGUAACGCCAUCUGUUGACAAGUAGCAUACAUGUUAUUGUAACGCCAUCUAUUGAUGAGUAGCAAAAAUGUUUUUAUAACGCCAUCUAUUGACACGUAGUAAAAGUUUUUAACGCCAUCUAUUGACGAGUAGCAAAAGUUUUUAACGCCAUCUAGCAGUGAAUCUAUGUGUCGUUGUUAGGUUCAGAUUCAAACAGUGCCAUGUUCAUUUAUUAAUUUUAAUAAUUUAAUAAUAAAGUUAAAUGCAGGUAAAUCCCUUCUCAAUAAAUUGUUUACUGAUAUUUAAUCCUUCUACAAUGAUCUAGUUUAGUAAAUUAGCUUCCACAUUUCUAUUGUACUUAGAAAAAACAAUUUUCCAAUGUAAAAAAUUGUUGCAUGAAUAUCAGUCCUAUAUCAUCACAAACUGUACAUUUAUUGUUGACAGAAGCAGUCUUAAUAAAGUAAAAUGCGGAAAUAGCAAAA